UUUCAGAACCAUCGCAUUUUUGAAUUUUACCCGCACCGUGCUAACCAUGUUGCACUUGUCCCCUCGCAGCUCCGUCUCGGACAGCCACGACGCCCCCAUGCCCGUGGAAGGCAAAGGCACGUGGACCAAGGAAGAACACGAGCGUUUUCUGCUCGCGGUCGAGUUGUACCCCAGCGGCCCUUGGAAGAAAAUCGCCGCGAUCAUCAAAACACGCACCAUUCGACAAACCCAAACCCAUGCACAAAAGUACAGAGAAAAGCUUGCGCGGCGCAACCGUGGCCUUCGAAACAAAGCAGCAAUCCCGGACGAACUGGCGCUGUUUCCGAGCUCGUUCAUGACCAACAACGUGCCCCUUCCAGUGUGGUCGUCGCCAUGCUCGGUGCAUCACUCGCUAUUCGCACCGAGCUCGUUUGAAGAAGAAGACUCGCUGUCGUUCACCGAAAGCAUGGACUUUUUGAUCCAAGUUCUCGACGACAUUGCGCCCGCGAUGUAUGUAUAGCGCUCCACAGGUUGCUACGUAGCGUUGUACUUAUUUAUUGCCGUAAUGAAAAAGUUACUUUGUGUCGAGUCCAGUCACAGCGUCGUUCGUUGUUCUAUGCAAUGAAUGCAGUGUAGUGAACAGUACGGCGG